CUAAUAGUAAUAUACUUCGAUAAAAAUUAAGACAUACCAAUGUCCAAUUGAAAUUGCCGUCUGCAGUGGUUAUAACCACACGCCACUCGCGACGUUCAAAACCAGUUCAACCACUAUUGUUCAGUCUUGUGAGAGAGCAACAUUGAAGAGUGAACACCAUUACACUAAACAGUUAACACUGAGCAACAGUACAUUCAGUACGACAAUCUUGUCUCAUACACUCAUUAUUCAUCUGUAAACAUGUCCAGUCCACGUGUCUCCAUAAAAAAGGUACUCAUCAGCGAUGCUUGUGAUCCUGCUUGUGCUACACUUCUUGAAAAAAAUGGUAUUGAAGUUCAAUCAAAAUACAAAUUGCCAACUGAUGCUCUUAUAGCAGAGUUAAAGGCUGGAUUGUAUGAUGGAUUAGUUGUUCGUUCAGAUACAAAAGUAACCAAGGCAGUAAUUGAAGCUGGAGCUCAGUAUGGUCUUAAAGUUAUCGGAAGAGCCGGAACAGGUGUUGACAAUAUUGAUUUAGACUCUGCAACUAAUGCUGGAAUACUAGUCCUUAAUACACCUGGUGGAAACUCAAAUAGCGCUUGUGAACUGACAUGUACGUUAAUAUUGUCUUUGGCUCGAAAUGUACCUCAAGGAUGUCAAUCUUUAAAAGAAGGAAGAUGGGAUAGAAAGCUCUACAUGGGAACUGAAAUCAAAGAGAAAACUAUUGGUAUACUUGGUUUAGGUAGAAUUGGUCGCGAAGUGGCUUAUAGAAUGCAAGCAUUUGGUAUGAAGACUGUAGGAUAUGAUCCAUUUAUCAAUAAAGAAGCGGCAGCAAAAUUUGGAGUGGAAUUAUUAACUUUAGAACAGAUCUGGCCUAUUGCUGAUUAUAUUACCAUACACACACCUUUGAUUGAACAAACAAGAAAUCUGAUCAAUGAUGAUGUAUUCAAUAAAUGUAAAAAGGGAGUAAAGAUUAUUAAUGUAGCCAGAGGUGGUAUUGUGGAUGAAGCUGCGCUUCUAAGAGCUUUGAAUAAUGAAAAAUGUGGGGGUGCCGGAUUGGAUGUUUUGACAGAAGAACCACCAAAAAGUUCUGAACUUAAAACUCUUAUUUCACAUCCAAAAGUUAUUGCCACUCCUCAUUUGGGAGCUUCCACUUUUGAAGCACAAGUGAAAGUUGCUGAAGAAGUUGCACAACAAUUUGUUGCUUUAACUAAUCCAAGCAGUAAUUAUUCCUUAAGCGGUUUGGUCAAUAAAUUAAAGAAUGGAGCAUAAUAAGAUGUGUUAUGUAUAACUAAUUUAAUUAUUGUAACUAUGAAACCAUAGUUGUUUUAUUAUACAUACAAUGUUUACAUUAAAUGUAUUAUCAAAAUAAACGGCUCAUUUAUUAGACUUCA